AUGCCCACCUCGCACCUCACCGGUCCGCCUCCCGGCGCCGCUGCCUCCACCCACGUCGGCAACUACACCCUCUACUCCACAAUCGGCGUGGGCGCCUUCGGACGAGUCAAGAUCGGCGUCCACCACCACACCAACGCCCGCGUCGCCAUCAAGAUCAUGGACAAGGACGCUAUCCGGGAGCAGGAGAGCACCAUUCAGGUCCGUCGCGAGAUUUACGUCAUGCGCUCGCUCUCGCAUAAGCACAUCGUCAAGCUCUUUGAAGUCCUCACCAGCGAAACCCGCCUCUACAUCGUCAUGGAGCUCGUUGUCGGCGGCGAGCUCUUCGAGCUCAUCAGAAAAAACGGUCCGCUCCCAGAGCAUCGCUCCCGACGCUUUUUCCAGCAACUCGUUGACGGCGUCGAUUUUUGCCACAAGAGAGGCGUCGCACACCGAGAUCUCAAGCCUGAAAACUUGCUCGUCGAUGAGAACGGAGAUCUUAAGAUCACAGAUUUUGGCUUUUCAAGCAUGAAAGGCUUCGACGCCAACCAAGGCCUCAUGUACACCCAGUGUGGCACCCCGGAUUAUUGUGCCCCGGAAAUUAUCGAGUGCCCCAAGGAAGGCUACAACGGCGCCAAAGUCGACGCCUGGUCCUGCGGCGUCGUCUUAUACGCCUUGCUCACGGGCCGCCUCCCGUUUUUGGCCCGGGACCCCAACGACUUGUACGAUCUCAUCAUUGAGUGCAGACCGGACUACUCCCCCAUCGAGUCCCCAGAGGCGAGAGACCUCUUGUCAAACCUAUUCGUACGCGACUCCUCGAAGAGAUACGACCUUGCCAAGGUCAAGCGACAUCCCUGGUUUUUGGUUGACUACGAUGGCGACGAUACCCGCAACGUCAAGAAGGCCCCAUUCUACAACAAGAACCCUUCCAGCCUCCUCUCUUCGAGCAACCCCACCGCCACCGCCCGUGCCCCUUCCCCAACUGUCACCACUGGCCCGCCCACCUCUGCGGCCCCCAUCGCUCCGGUUUUUUCCUCUGCUCCGGACGCACGCACUGCCGCCCAACUCGCCAAUCCCAUCCCAUCCUACGCCACUCUUCCCGCCACCUCCAAUAGUUUGCCACAAGCCUCUGCCGCAGCCUCGAUAUCGUCAUACACGCAUGACAACACAGUGCCGAAUACCUCUGCGCCAGUCGCCCCGAUGAUGGCCGCUGUUACAGACGCUGCGAUGCAUGCUGGUUAUGUGCACCCCCACGCCCACAACCUCGCCCAAAUGCAUCCCGAGGAACCGCUUCAAGGUGAGCCAGCAAUAGAUCCGUGGCCAGUUCCACACCAGAGCUAUCACGGAGAACCUGCGCUGGCAAACUCUCAAGGCGUCUCCCACGCUCUGCCGCCGCACCCCAGAGUCCCAGAAAGUACUCCACAGUAUGAAUGGUACCAGCCUCCCAUUCCCGCUCCGGACGUCGACAUUCAUAUGAGCUCACCCCCUCCGCCUCAUCUCGAGGUCAUCUCUCGAGUGCAAGAUCGCCCGGCUACCCCCGCGAAGCGACCAAUGUCGACAACAGCCGCUGCCGCCUUCAAAGCGGCGGCGGCAGCGGCCGCUGUUGGGCCGGGCGACCAUUUACCCGCAGCCAGCGGCCACAUUCCGGUUCCCGGGUCUCCUGGAAUUCAUCCUGCACAGGCUAGAAUGUCCGCGGUGAGGCAUAAUGGUAUGCCGUCCUUGCCGCCAAUACCCUCUUAUGAACCAGCAGGAGGGAGUCGGGUCCAGUCUCCAAUGGAUACGAUGCCAUUGGGUGCGGAUCAAGACGGAGGCACGGCGUCGGAUCAAGAUAGUACGGAGGAUUAUGAGGAGAAGCCGGCUCUCCAGCUCGAACUUCCUCCUAGUUCGAAAGUUAUGCGAGCCAGCCCACGCUCUGACUUCAACUCGCUCCGAGCUCAGUACCUCCAGCAGUCGACACAUGGCGCGGCCGGCCGGAGGUAUGAUUCGGACCUAGGCGUCAACUCUGGUGCAUCAACGAUGAUGAGCCCAGUGGAGGGGCCAUCAUCCAUGUCGUCCAUGCAUACACAGAGGCGUGCCUUGGGUCGCGACGGCAUGAAGAGUGAUCCUCGCGGACUUAGGGUCCCGUUGUCUUCCGAGGUCCCAAAUUCACCUCCGGUUGUAUAUUCGCCGGGAGUGAAUGGCGGCACCUCGUAUGACAGAUAUCGUUCGAUUUCCCCGGGCAUGAGCGGGCGCCAUGGCUUCGGCUCGGACGUGAGUAGUCCAUCAGGGUCUCAUCCAAGUGUCAUAUCAGGAUAUGCGACACCAUGGCAAGCCAGUGCGAACCCAUACGCGGCGAGGGAUGAGUAUGGGCCGACGAAUCCCGGAUUCCAAUCCGAAAUCAUUGCACGGUAUCUAUGGAACAUGAUUUGCAAGUUACGUGGGACUGACAAGCCAGCUGGUUUCAGGCUGUCGCAAGAGCUGCGAUCAGAUUUCAGCAGAAUGGUUACAGAGAUCAACCAAAUGCAGAAGAAGGAGGAUGUCGCGGCAGUCUUCACAAACUUUUUGUCCCUCUUUGAGACACAUGGCCUUAGUGACGGAAGGAUAUCUCCAGUUACGGGGCGGCAUAACAACAGGAGUCGAGUGACGAGCGAUGAAGAAUACGAGGACGGCGCAACUGUUGGGAGCCGAGAGGAGAUUCCGUCAAUCGGAGAGACCCGCCUAGGAGGCCCCCGCCGCGUUAUGACCGACAUGUCAUCCGAGGAAGAACCACGGUCAUGGAGCCCUGUAGUUACGGAAGCCCCGAGGCAUCAAAGCGACCUGACUAGACGACGGAAUAUUUCUGAUCUCUUGAACAGAAUGAUCAAGAAGACGAACAAGGCUAUUCCGUCGGAUAGACCAGAUCGGGUAGCUUCCGUCACGGGGGAUGACGUUGAGCCAGCUUCCAAGACCGAUCUCCUCGAACUGAAUAGACUGAUGCAAGAGCAUCAUGGUGGUCGGGAGGACUCUCACAUUGCUGAAGAAUUCCUGCGUCUCAUGAACAACAACAACGGCUCGGAGGACAGCAACUCCAUGCAGUUCGGUUCAACGGCGUCAAUGCCGCCUGCGCAGAUAUUGGCACAAACUGGUCGCCCCAUGGAUGCCUACUCACAAAUUAGGUAUCAAGGGAAUAUUCCAAAUCCUUCGGCAGCUGUGAGACCAAGCACUCCGCACCGAAGUCAUUCUGGUAGUGUUCCGUUACCAUCCGAGUAUAUCCCAGGCCGGCUCAAGGAAAGUCAGAACAUGUCAACGAGAGCUGACAGUCGAGUCCACCGCCGAAGUGGCCGAAAGGAAAGCAAUAGCCACUUGGAGGUUGGAGAUACCACCACAGCGACACGUCCAGACAUGGCAGCUUCCAUGGGCAUGCACGACGUACCAUACUAUGGAACGGACAAAAAGAAGGUGGCCACGAAACUGCGUUCUGCCCUUCUAACCAUGAAGGUAAGAAACCAAAUGCUUGGCGAGAGGCACGCGCAAAUACGUACGAGUAUACCACCGGUUUCGGCCAUGGGAGUUCUCGGACUAGUUUUGCAGGAAAUGGGAGCCGAUGUUCGGAUCAAGCGGGAAACAAAACGGAAAAUGAAGUUUGUGAUGCCCCUGGGAAGAGGCAAUGGCCUCCACGGUAUUGUACAAUUCCAGGUUGCGGAAGACGACAUUACUGUUUUGGUGUUCGGACGCUCCAAACAAGAUCGUGGGAGAACAGAUACUGCCUCGUUCCAUACGUUCUUCGAACAAGCACGGGAAAGGUUUGUGGACAGAGCUCAUUCGUGGGUCCCGGACAACGAGUCGAGAAAUUCGCGGCGACCGCGGCCAAGGGCAGGGACGCCCUUAGGUCGUCACAUGGGCGAUUCUGUGAUCCAACAUGCUUGA